CCCAAUUUCGUUGUUUCGCACAUGUUUAUUGAAACGUCAAAUUCGCUGUAUUGUAUACUUUUCACGAGCUAGAGAUAGCUUCAAUCGUUUUUAGUUGAACUAAAUUUAUUCAAAAGAUUGGAAAAAUCAUAGCAGCAACUGAGACAUGGCAAAUUCAACUGAAGAUCCGGUUUUUAAAAACCUCAGCGCUGAUGAUAUUGAUCACACUGUGACUGAAAUUGAAUCUUGCUGCAUGAACUGUUACAAAAAUGGUAUCACGCGUUUGCUUCUUACCAAAAUUCCAUUCUAUAAAGAAACAAUAAUCGCUUCAUUUUCCUGCGAAAAUUGUGGUUAUGAAAACAACGAAAUCCAACCGGCUGGCGAAAUCGAACCUACCGGAUGUAAAAUUACACUACAAAUAAAAACAUCAAAAGAUCUAAAUCGUCGUGUUGUCAAAUCAGAUCGAACGAAUGUAAAAUUCGUCGAAUUAGAUUUCGAAAUACCAGCGCAAUCACAAAAAGGUGAAGUCACCACCAUCGAAGGUAUUAUUAACCGCUCAGUUGCUGGUUUAGAACAGGACCAACCACUUCGACGUAUAGAGCAUCCAGAGGUUGCGGCACAAAUUGAUGCAUUCGUUGAAAAAUUGAAUAGCCUUAAGUCAGUUGAAACACCAUUUACAAUCAUCUUUGAAGAUAUUUCGGGAAAUUGUCGAGUUGAAAAUUUGAGUGCACCAAAUCCAGAUCCAGGUUGUUCGAUUGCACACUUUAUUCGAACGAAAGAACAGAAUCAUGAGCUGGGAAUGUUCACGCAAGCCGAACUCAAUGAUGAAACCACGGAAAGUAAAACAAAUAUUUUAAAACCCAUUGCUGAAGAUGAAUGGCCAUUGGAAGAACUACAUGGCGAAGUUUUACAAUUUCAAACCAAUUGCUCUAAUUGUCACUCAAACUGUGAAACAAAUAUGAAACUCACGAAUAUUCCACAUUUCAAAGAGGUUGUGAUUAUGUCAACAAAUUGCGAUGCAUGCGGCGUUAGAACCAACGAAGUUAAAUCAGGUGGUGGUAUUGAGGAGAAGGGAGUCAGAAUAACAGUCAAAAUUGAUGGACGCGAAGACAUGAGCAGAGACGUUUUGAAGUCAGACACGUGUACCAUUGAUAUACCUGAGCUGGAAAGUGAGUUUGGUGCAUCAGGUCUGGGUGGUCGUUUUACAACAAUUGAAGGAAUACUGAGUGCGAUACGUGAUCAAAUAUUGGAAAAUAGUGCUGUUUUUCAAGACUCAGCCGAUGUUGAAUCCAAAAAGAAAAUCGACAAGUUUGCAGAAACAUUGCAAGACAUUAUGAGCGGAAAACGUACAGUGACUAUCAUUUUGGAUGACCCAGCUGGCAAUAGCUAUGUACAAGCAUUAACCGAUGAUGGCAGUCUAGACGAACGAUUAACAAUUGAAAAAUACGAACGAACAUUUGAACAUAAUGAAGAAUUAGGUCUAAAUGACAUUAAAACUGAAAACUAUGCAUAAGAAUGAAAGCAAGCACUUUUUAAAAUGUUAAUAAUAAAUAUACUUGAUAAAACAUAAA